GUCGAGUCUUGAGACGCACAGCUUCGCACGCGCAGAGCCAUCCGGCCAUGGAUCAUGGUGCAUAUACCCCAGUUGGGGAGAGAGAUAAUUCCUGCAGAGCGAACUCUCAGAGGUUCGUUCUGGUGCUUUGCUGCGUGGGGACCUUCCUUUUCGUUGGCACAGUCUGUAUGAUGCAUGUGGCCCCUGCGACGCACGGUCAGCUGGCCGGGCACGCAGAGGUCGCCCAAAGCUGGGCCCAGACGGCUUACAACGACCACCUGGCUGGGCACGUGGAUGCUGCCCACAACUGGGCCAAGACGGCUUACAAUGACCACCUGGCUGGGCACGUGGAUGCUGCCCACAACUGGGGCAAGACGGCUUACAAUGACCACCUGGCUGGGCAUGUGGGCGCCGCCCAGGGAUGGGCAAGCCAAGCCUACUCGGACCAUUUGCAACACCACGUGGAGUCGGUUGCAGAUCACCUCACUGGCAGGCAGUACGACCAGAUCCUUCACCCUUAUGACUGCACGUCGAAUGACAGGUCCGUUUGGUCGAACGCCCAUCAGGUAUGGUGCUGCGAGCACAAAGAAGUUGGGUGCACAACCACGGCAGCCCCGGAGCCGCCACAAAAGUAUAUGUGGAUGUCAUUCCCUCAGAAGCCGCCCAAGUACGAUUGCGCAGCUGGCAUCGAGAACUGGCAGAAAGGUUGGUCAGAGAGAAAGAUGACGUGGUGCUGCAGCGAGAAGGGCAUUGGUUGCAAGGAUGCCCUCAGCAAGCCCUUCGACUGCCAGGAUGUCCAUGAUGCGCAUGGCUGGACUAUGCGUAAAAAGCUUUGGUGCUGCUUGGAGGAAGAGCGUGGCUGUCCUAAAGAGCAGGCACCAGAACGCUUCAACUGCGAUGAGGGCUUGAGCAACUGGCAGGAGGGCUGGUCUGCGGCAAAGCAGGCCUGGUGCUGCGCCAACCACAAGCGCGGCUGCCCUGGGAGCGAAACCUUUGACUGCCAAGAAGGUAUCGAGCACUGGCAGCGCUGGACGGACCCAAAGAAGGCCUUUUGCUGCAAGACGUAUGCCCUGGCUUGCCCCUUGGACAAGCCUGAGCCGGCCGCCUACGACUGCGACGCUGGGUACGCAAACUGGCGCAGUGGCUGGUCUGAUGAGAAGAAGGCUUGGUGUUGCAACAAGCAGUCUUUGGGCUGCUACGAUUGCCAGGAGGCGACGGAAGCCUGGUCCUUCGAGCAGAGAUCUUGGUGCUGCUGGCAUCACCAAAGGGGCUGCGAAUCGCAGGCUGCGGCCCACACUGGGCCCUGGGUACAAGUUCGUGAAGAGACCCAUACGGCGCUCUCGAUGCCCUUUGACUGUGACGCAGGAUUCGCCAACUGGCAGGCUGGCUGGUCAGAAGGAAAGAAGAUGUGGUGCUGCCGCAAGCACAACAAAGCAUGUGGCGAUGUCGUGCAAGCUGGACGCGAAACCAUUGAAUGAUGGAAUUGUUUGUGAAUCUGAUGCAGGGUGUUUUGGGGGGGGGGCAGGGCGGGCACAUAAUUCCAAAGGAAUGCAAGGUAGAUGUGUCACCUUCACGCAAUCCCAAAAUUGGGACGGCAUUGCCCACGAACGUGGGACAGAUGAGAGCAC